GAAGUGCCGCACCGAUUGUAAACCGGGAUCUGAAACCAGGGAGACAGGGAAAGGUCACAUCAGAGCGAAGGUCACAGACUUUAGGCGCGAAUGAGACGACGACAAAGGUAGUCCCACAAAGACCAGUGAGAUCACUUCCACGUGACUGUUUCGAUCCCAGUAAUGAUGCCCCUCCAUCUAGAGAUCCACCCAGUGCUCCAAUGCGCACACCUCACAUGCAAAAACGCACGGCAGCAGACAGCGGUGCUUGUCUGCCAGAGAGAGAAUGUGAGUAACAGCAGACUAACAGGGCUGCGAAGUGGCUCGGCUCAAAGGCACUCGUUGGAUCUGGAGACACACGAACAGGACAAAAGGUACUUCACGGAAGGGUCGGCUAUGCGAGAAAUGGUCCGGCAGAUGCAUCGUGAGUGGCCACAGGUGAAAGCCGACACGGAACAGGCCGAGUACACUGGACAGAACAAACCAGCUGAGGCAUCUGCAGAGCAGGAGUGGUAUGUCGGAGGAUUUAGCAGAGUGGAAGCAGAGCAUGCACUUCAUCUGGUGAACCGGGAAGGAGCUUUUCUUGUGCGUGACUGCUCCAGGAACACUAAAAGGGAGCCAUACGUCCUGGCCAUAUUUUACGACAACCGAGUCUUUAACGUGCAGAUUCGUUUCUGUAUGGAAACCUGCAAGUACACUCUGGGAACCCGAAUCAAGACUGAUGAGACGUUUGGCUCGGUAGCAGAGAUCAUCAAAUUCCACUCCAUAUUUCCCAUAUUUCUUAUCGAUGGACGAAACCCGUCAGCUGUGUCCAAUCAGAAGAGACAGUGUGUCCUCAUGUAUCCCGUCACGGCAGACGACAUGAGGCGACUGCUGAUCUGAACAACUUAACAAAAGAAAAACAACAGAAAUGCUAAGGAACUAGAUCUGCUUCAUCUGUGUAAAUACCAUACAUAAGAAAACACACUGGAGUUCAAAGAAAUUAUAAUUAUUAUCAUUAUACACUUUUACAUUUACACAUUAUACACAUUUAGGAUAAAAGUAUUGGGACAACUGGCUUUUCCUGCAAUAUGUGGUGGAAAUCUUCUGUUUCAAUCUUCUGCUUAGGUGUCCCCAAACUGUGGUCCAUAUAGUGUAUGAAUACUAUAGAUUUAAUAAAGGUUAUGAGGAAACAAACAAAGCACUCAAAUCUAAAUAUUUUUUCCCCUUACUGCAGGAUCAGAAGCAAAAAAAUAAAUUAGAAGGACAAAUGUGAGUGUUUUUUUGAACCCUAUGCAUAAUUUGACUGAAUUACAUUGCAGUCAUUUCCUUGACUCUUCUUAGACGUGUAUGUUUUACAGUGGUAUUUUCAUGAAAAGAACAAUGAGAAAUUGUAUUAGAAACAAAAAAAAAUGACUAAGCUGAUUGGUUCGCUGCUGUGACAGCUCCUAUUAUGAUGUCACACUUCUGAAAUUCCACUCUGUCUAUUUCAGUGGAAAGGACUCGGCCAGUCCUGGAAUUAUUUCCAGGACAGCUUGGGUGCUCUACAAGUCCUGCAGAAGAACUUCAAUGAAUGUGGAAAAGCAUUCUCUAAUUAAACAGUACAUUUUACUAUUGGCCAGAGGGUAUACAAGUUUGACAGAGACAGAAUGUACAUAAAAAUAAAAACUUAAAUAUCACCUGUACAUACGUAUUCAGACCCUUUGCUACAAUACUUGAAAAUGAGCUCAGGUGCCACCCAAAUUUCUUGAUUGUUGCUGAGCUGUUUCUACGCCUUGACUAGAAUCUACCUCUGGUAAGGUUUAUUGAUUGGAUAUGACUUGGAAAGGCACACACCUCUCCAUAAAAGGCCUUAUAGCUGACAAUGCAUAUUGAAGCAAAAACCAACCAUUAGGUCAAAGGAGCUGCCUGAUACAAGAUUAUUGGCCCAGAUCUGGGGAAGGCUACAAAAUUUAUUUAAUUAAAAAAAAAAAAAAAAAGAUUCCCAAGAGCACAGUGGCCUUUAUAAUUUUAAAAUGGAAUAAGUGUGGCACAACCAAGACUCUUCCAAGAGCUGAUAGUCCGGCUAAACCGAGCAUUUGAGACAGCAAUGCCUUUGUAAGAGAGGUGACCAAAAACCUGAUGAUCACUCUGACUGAGCUCUGGAAAUCUUGUGAUGAGAUGGGACCAAUUUCCAGAAGGACAACCAUCAUGGCAGAUUUACUAGACGAAGCCCAUAAAAACUCCACUUGGAGUUUGCCAACAGGCACCUGAUGGACUCUCUGACCUGUUGAAACAAAGAUUUAAUUGUUUGUCCUCAAUUCUAAACGUUAUGUCUGGAGCACAGCUCAUCACCUGCUCAAAACCAUCCCAACACUGAAGCAUGAUGGUGGUGGCAUCAUGCUGUGGGGGUGUUUUUCUGCAGCAGGGACUGGACAACUGGUCAGAGUUGAGGGAAAGCUGAAUGGAGCAAAGUACAGAGAUAACCUUGAUAAAUAAAAAAAUGUUUCACAGCACUCAAGUCUGGGCCAAAGAUUCAGAUUCCUAUAUGACCACAACCCUAAGCAUACAGCCAAGACAACACAGGAGUGGCUUGGGGAUAACUCUGUGAAUGUCCUAUUAAACAUGUACUCUGAAGAGACCUGAAAUUAACGGUUCACUGAUGAUCCCCAACCAACCUGACCCAGCUUGAGAGAUGUUGCCAUGAAAAAUGGCAGAAAACCCCCUAAUCCAGGUGUGCAAAAGUCUUGAGCCUGUACCUGCUGCCAAAUGUGCUUCAACUAAGUACUGAGCAAAGAUUGUAUAUACUUAUGUACAGGUGAUAUCAGGUUGCAACGUACCAAAAUAUAAAAAAAAGUGGAGGGGGUCUGAAUAUUUUCCGAAUGCAAUGUAUGGACACUGAUCAGGCAUACCAUUUUGACCUUAUAACAUUAUGACAAGUGAAGUGAAUAACAAUGAUUAUCUCUUCAUCAUGGCACCUUGAUGACUGGGUCAGAGCAUCUCCAAAACUGCAGCUCUUGUGGGGUGUCCCCGGCCUGCAGUGGUCAUUAUCUAUCAAAAGAUGUCCAAGGAAGGAAUAGUGGUGAACCGUCAACAAGGUCGGUGGGCGGCCGAGGCUCACUGAUGCAUGUGGGGAGCGGAGGCUGUUCCGAUCCAACAGAUGAGCUUUUUAACGCUUGAUACUCGACGGGUCUGAACCGUUUCGCCAGCAAAAAGGGGGACCAACAAAAUAUUAGGCAGGUGGUCAUAACGCUAUGCCUGAUGCCUAACUAUAUUUUAAGUGAUGUGAACAGUUAAGGUCAUACACAGUUUCCAGAGUGGGAGCAGAAUCUUUGUCAUUUAUGUAUAACAUUUUGCUAGAAAAGCACCAACAGACCACAUUGUAUAUACAUUUACACCAAAAGGGGACAAAUGUAACAAUUAUCCCUAUAAACUGUACAUAGAAACCCUUAAGCAUGCGGCAUGUAGUGUACUUAAUAAUCAGGAUCACUUCCAUAUUUUAAGUCGUGUUUUGUCUUUUAUAUGAUUUCACAAAAUAUUUAUAAAACCGCUGCAUGGUUCUGGUCUGUUUUUGACCCUGUUGUGGUAACCAAAAGUUUGGAAAGAACAAAAAGACCAAAAGGCAAUAAAUUUUACAUUUCGUCUGUCUUUUAAGACCAGUUUUAUUUCGGUUUUAUUUUGUAUUACAAGAAAUACAGAUAUAAAUGUUUUAUUAAAAACACUUUUUUAAUAGUCCAUUAGUGUAUCAUCGAGCUCCUGCAUCCAGGCUGAGACAGGAUUGAUGUAAAAGUUUUUUUUUUCAUUUAUGACAUCUAGGUCAUCAGAGUCAACACUGUACAAUAAACGUCAUGUGUGUGACACGCAAGAUAAAAUUAGCGCUAGUUUCAUAUUGGCUAGUGUCAUAUUUUGGCUGGUUCAUUUGUAUAAAUGCUUUACUUCUAUUAACCAAAUGCUGCAGACAAGUGAAGGAUGAAGACAGUCAUCACAUAUUGGAAUAAGAUUGGAAUUGGAGACUGGAUCAGUGUGCAAAACCAGUGGAAUAUUUGUACCACCAAUAAUACUUUCCAAAUGUAUGCUAUAUGCUAAAAAUAUUGGGACACUGGACUUUUCCCACGCAUAUGCGAUUCUUUCGCAAACUGUUAGCACACAGUUGGAGGCACACAAUAUUGUAGAAGGUCUGUAUAUGCGAUAUCCUCCACUAGCAAAUGGGGGUAAAAUGUCCAAUGGGAUUUUCAAAAAUUAACAACUUUUGUCUGGAUUAUUUUGGUACAACGGAUAACCACUUACAUGUGAGGAUUGUACAGCUGCAGUCGAGAGGUUUCACACAUUUUUACAUUUCCGGAAAAAGUCUUCAGUGUUGAUGCUUGGUAAAGGUCAUAGGCUAAAGCUUUUUAAGAGAAAAAAAAAAAAAGAUAUUCGGGAUAGAGCGGAAAUUGCAAAGAGCUCUAACGUCAUGUGAUGUUCAAGUUAGUGUUUUAUUCCUUACAUGAACAUUCCACAUUUGCACCUGAAAUAUGAGGACCAGGUUAUAAUUGGGCCACUUAUGACAAUGAAGUCAUAAAAAAACCACAACAAAAUGUAAUACAAAAGGAGCAUCGCAGUGUUAAAUAUAUAAAAUAGUGAGAAACGUGUACUUGUUAUCAUUUAUACCACAGUGUGGCUGAUUCCGAUUGAUCAGAAUGUUAAUAAAGAGGCUGGUGAACAAAAUUGAUUGUGAAUAGCUGCUAUAAUGCAAGUGGUAACAGGAAUUAACUGUUUUGUGGACAUACAAUAUUAAAUGCAACAAAAAAAAAAAA